AUGAAUUGCGCGUAUCAGUACUCGCUGCCUGCCCACCCGCAGAACGUCAUGACCAUCCCAUCGACGGCUGUCCAGCAACCGCAUCAUUCCACUGAUACUGAAUAUUUGGAGGACCAUCCGGGUUUACGUGGUACGCCGCUGGCGAUGCUCGCAGCUCAGUGCAACAAACUGAGCAGCAAGAGUCCUCCGCCGCUGGCGGACGCGGCCGUUGGCAAAGGUUUCCAUCCGUGGAAAAAGAGCCCGCAGAGCAGCGGUAGCUCGCCGCAGCACUCUACCGGUAGCGGGGGCGGGGGAGGCGGAGGAGGCGGGGGCGGAGGUGGAUGUACGACAACCGGAGUGAGUCAAAGACCAACCGCGACGAGCAGCGCGGGCAGCACGACCGGCGGUUACGCGAGAGCGCCGGUGACAUCUUGCGCGUCCACGGCGCCCCAGUACGGCAGCGACCUGUACUUCCCCGGCACGGCGAGCGCCCAACCGGCCAGCGAUCCGCACCAUCAUCAGAGCAGCCUUCUAGGGAAGGUCGAAGGAGCGACCUUGGGCUCGGUGUACGGCCGACACCCGUACGAGUCGUGGCCGUUCAACGCGAUGCCGGGCGCGACGCACGGCGGUAUCAAAGCGAGCGACGGCUGGUGGGACGUGCACGGAGCCGCGACCGCCGGCGGAUGGCUGGACGUGAGCAGCACGGUCGGCGUCGGCGUCCACGCCGCUCAAAUGGCCAACUACUCGGCCGACUAUUCGACCAGCCUCGCGCUCGCCGGCAAUCAUCUGUUGACCACCGCGACCACCGCCGGUCAUAAUUUACUGCAAGACACGUACAAAUCGAUGUUACCGGGUGGCCCGCCCGGUUUCGGUCUUCAUCAUCACGCGGCCGCGACGGCGGGCGCUGGCGCCGGUGCCGGUAGUCCGCAGGGUAGCGGAGGCGGCGUCGGCGUCGGGGCUGGCGGCGUCAGUCAAGCCCCGUCGCCGCGCUCGCAAAGACGGUACACCGGCCGAGCCACCUGCGACUGCCCGAACUGCCAAGAGGCCGAGAGGCUCGGUCCGGCCGGCGUCCAUCUCAGGAAGAAGAACAUCCACAGCUGUCACAUACCGGGAUGCGGUAAGGUCUACGGGAAAACGUCGCAUCUGAAGGCCCACUUACGGUGGCACACUGCGGCACCUUCGAACCCACACCGGCGAAAAGAGAUUCGCCUGCCCGGUCUGCAACAAGCGGUUCAUGCGCAGCGACCAUCUCGCGAAGCACGUCAAGACCCACAGCAGCAGCAGCAGCAGCAGCGGCACCAAGGGCAAGGGGGGAGCGGGGAGCUCGUCAGCCGAGUCCUGCUCCGACAGCGAGGACAACGGGAGUCAGCAGAGUCCCACUUCCAGCUCGGUGCCGCCGCAGCCGCAGCCGCCGCCGCCGCCGCAGCAGCAGCAGCAACCGGGCCAGCAACCGGGUCAGGCCCAGCAACAACAAGCUCUGGUGGCGGCGGCGGCGGCGGCGGCAGCGGCGGCGGCGGUGGCGGCGGGCCAGGACACCAACACCACAUCCCAGACCACCACCAGUCUCGGCCAUCAGCCGACAACGCCCAUGACCCCAAUACAGAUGACCCCUCCGCCUCUGACCCCACACCAUCCCCACCACCCGCAUCUCCCUCCUCUAAUGCACCAUCCUCAUCAUCACGCAACAUCCGUGUCGGCGGCGGCCCACCACCCGCACGCGGGGAUGAGCAUGCACUGAGCCCGGUGGGGCCCGGAGCCGGUACCUGCAGUUCCGCUGCCGCAACGGCCCUGGGCUCCCCCUUAUCCUACCCCCUCAACCUGAACCUCGUGCAGAAUCACGCAACCAUCGCCCACCAUCAUGCCACCGCCCAUCACCAACACCAGAAUCACCAUCACCAUCAUCACCAUCACCACCACCAUCACCAACAACAACAACAACAACAGCACUCGCGUCAAAGCAACUCCUAUUCCGUGCAACAAAAUCCUGGCACGCCGGGGACCGCGCAGACUCCCUCACCCUCGUCCCCCGCGCCUGUACAUAGUCUCUAGGUUCACGCUUCGCCUUUCUCGAACUCCCUCUACCUCUACCUCUCGCCCUAACCCUCCUUUUCACGCUAGCCGCGAUAUCGUUAUUUCGAAUAGCUUCGACCGGUGCCUCAAAUCCGACGCGAUUCUCAAUUUUUCUCGAUAGUUCUCCAACCGUCGUUCCCUCUUAACGCUCGCACGACUAUCCUUUAACACCUUUACUGCCACGUCGCCCAUAUAUGGAUGACAGAAUUUUUAACAGUGGAACAAAAACAAUUAAUCAAUUCUUCGUAAAUUCUACUGAAGUUACGAAAAUAAGUACUACGACAAGUUUUAAGUUACGUAGUUUACAAUUGUCCAAAAUCAAAGUUUUGCUCUCGUAAACAAUUUUACCGUUUCAGGCUGGUAGUCAGGAUGUUAAAUAGUCGAUCGCUGGGUCUUUCUAGGUCCAUAUUUACGCUUCUGACCCAUAAAAACGUAGAAUAUUUGUUUCGCCCACUCGUUAGAAUACUCGAUGAUCCUACUUUUGUCCUAAAUAUUUUUCAGUUUUAAUAACCUGAAACCUUUGUAUUCGUGGCUCGAUUCAAGUUCCAUUCGUGACAACGCAAAUUGAAUUUAGGAAAUAUAGGAAUAAAAUUUAAAUUACAGGUAUCUAUACAUUUCUGUUGGGAGAAAAAUAUUUUUUUUAUUUUUAAAUGUCACUGCACACAGUUGCAAUUGGUAUACUUCUUUAAAUUAAUAAACAUUCUCGGAGUGCACACGGUUAAAGGAAUACAUACAUAUUUUAUUGGAUUCUUGCUCCCAAAAUACACAUAACAUUAACGUUUUAGAAAAUGAGGGAAACGAAUGAUCCAGCAAACGCCGGUGCGAGCGUUAAAGGUUAUUUCGGGAUCCAGGCAACCUUCGAAGCGAUUCGAAUCGUUCCGUCGACGGAUACGUAUCCUGAGACGAUUCCUUGCCCCCCGUCGGUCCUUCUUCUUCCCCCGUUCGUCGGCAGUUGGAGCAUAUCCCAGCACCCGAUACUACCGACUUUCUUACUUGUAAAUACUAUACAUAGCGCGUGAGAAAGAUAUUAUAUUAAUUAAGCGGUGUAAUGUUGUAAAAAAUUCUAUAUAAACGCACUGUCGCGCUGUACCAUACACUGACACGUAGGACACACGCAACAAAUGCAUAUUACGAAAAGGCGCGCGUAAUCGUAUCCGUUUCUCGCGUAUCGUGUUCACUCGCGACGAGGAAUCGACGAAAACAGACGCGCGGACGUCCGCGUACGAUCGUUCGAUCCAGGGAUUAGACACGUUACGAUCCGAGGCAGGUUCCAAACGAUCUCGAUCGCUCGGACAAAUAAAAAAAAAAAAAAAAAACGGAACGCGUGACCGGAGGAUUUUUCAUUGUCGCGUUAUUAAAUAUUAUUUCCCCCCUGACGCGCGAUUCUGCGUUUGGAACUUGGCGUUCGGACCGCUUUC